AUGGAGCAGCAGAUCGCAGUACACGCCGAGCAAAAGACCGAGUGCUCGAGGAAGUGGCGCCGCGGCAAGAAGACGAGCGAGUUCGUGUUCUCGAUCGGAGACUCCGACAAGAGCGAUCGAAGAGGCUGGACACUCGACAGUGGUGCUAUCCGCCACCUUAUGAGUGACGCGCAACAGCUGGUCAAGUCGAGAGCGACCAACGACGAGAUUGCCAUGGCGGACGGCGUCUUGCUCUAUGUGACGAGAUGCGGCAGCGUACGACCGAAAGUCAUCGCGAACGGCGCAGUAGCGACCAUGACGCUCACAGACGUCUACCUGGCGCCAAGCCUGGCAAAGAAUAUCUUACUUACGGGAAACUAG